UUUCUCUGGAACAGUCCUUGUGGUUUCUACACAAGUACGUAUGCGAAGCUGCGGAUAGAAGCGAGGCUCUGGAUCAAGUUCUUGUUCCCAUUCUUCAACAUGCAUUGUCAUUGAGAGAGUCGAAAAAAGUGAAUCAGUCGCUGAUACUUCUGAACUGGCUGUAUCAAGAUGAGGUUUUGUUCCAAGUCAUGGCAAGAAAUAUGGCAGCCAUUAUUUCGAGAAGGGAUGAUCGUUAUGUGGCUUUGGGGUGGUGUUUUCUUGGACGUAGUCUAAUCGAAUAUGAGAAUGUUGUUGACUUCUCAGUUAAUG